GUUCCUUCGGGAUAGCAGCAGCUGAGGAGGAAUCUGCGGCCCUGAUAGAACAAGAUGUAGCGCGCGGCCUGGAGAACUUUCCUGUGAGAGUGUGGCCUCUGGGGGCGGGGCCCAGGCCUAAGCCUUUCCAGGUGGGGUCUCUUACUGUCUGAGGCCAACUUCAAGGGUGACCUUGAACUUCUGUUCCUGUUGCUUCCAUCUGUAGAAUGCUGAGGGCAACAAGCCUGUGUGCCUCCACCGUGGAUUAUGUGGUGCGAAGGAUGGAACCCAGGGCCUCCUGCAUGCUGAGCUGCUACUUCUUAAAGCGCCUCAAUAACCACUUACAUUUCAACGUUGAAUCGUUAAAAAGCCAAAAGUGGGUUCUGGGUAAGACAGCACUCAUGGCAUUUGAUGGACAGGGCAUCUUCUUUGAGAGUUCCUUUGUCUCUGUGGGACAUCUCUACACAGCUAAAGCGUAUACUCCUGAUCACGUGGCUGGGCCUGGAGCAGACAUCGACCCCACACAGAUAACCUUUCCUGGGUGUGCUUGUAUCAAAACUCCGUGUCACCCUGGCACUUGCUCCUGUCUCCGCCAUGAGAACAACUAUGAUGACAAUCUGUGCCUCAGAGACAUAGGAUUGGAAGCAAAGUACGCCAAACCAGUUUUCGAAUGCAAUGUCCUCUGCCAUUGCGGUGAACACUGUAGAAACAGGGUGGUCCAGAAUGGUCUGCAGUUCUGUCUCCAGGUGUUCCAAACGGAUAAAAAGGGCUGGGGACUUCAGACCUUGGAACCUAUACCCAAGGGAAGAUUUGUCUGUGAGUAUGCUGGGGAGAUUUUAGGGUUCUCUGAAGUACAGAGAAGAAUUCACCUACAAACAACACAUGACCCAAAUUACAUCAUCGCCAUCAGGGAGCACAUUUAUAAUGGACAGGUCAUGGAAACUUUUGUUGACCCUACCUACAUAGGAAAUAUUGGGAGAUUCCUGAAUCAUUCUUGCGAACCAAACCUGUUGAUGAUUCCUGUCCGAAUUGACUCAAUGGUACCUAAGCUGGCACUUUUUGCAGCCAGAGAUAUUUUACCAGGAGAAGAACUCUCUUAUGACUAUUCAGGAAGAUUCCUUAAUCAAAUAAGCAGUAAAGACAAAGAAAGGAUAGAUCAUGAACAACUGAGAAAGCCACAACUAAGAAAGCCUUGUUACUGUGGUGCCCCAUCAUGUGCCACCUUCUUGCCCUAUGACAGUUCACUAUACUGCCCCUUAGGAAAACCAGACACCAGUUAGGAAGGGAAGUCCUGCCUGCCAGCAUCUCUGUGAACAUAAACCAGAAGGAAUCAAGCAUUAAGUGACCAUCUGCAUCCUGCUUCCUCUCUGGCAGACAACCUACCCUCAAGGGAAGUGUACCUUGUAUUCAGCAUCUUGCUCAUCCCUGUAAAAAGACCAGGGGAUGCCCAGCCCUGCCUCUGCCAGGCUGCCUAAAUUCAACUCAGGAAUGUGGCCCAGACUGUAAAAUGUCCAGCUGUACCCUUUCUCCAGAAUACUUGCUUUUAUAGUUAGAUGCGGGAAAAUGACUAUGUUCAAACUAGCAGGAUACAAGUGAAAACAAUGAAUCAUUCAGUGUCAUCCUUGUAUUUCUUCUUAGAAACCAGAAUGUAUAUUUGAUGGCUGAAGCUGGAGUAGCCAUCCAAAAUCCAAGAUGACCCUGGGAAAGGGUCAUACAGAGCAAAUCAACAAGCUACCUGUAACUGUAGAAAGUGCUGCUAGUCCUGACCUGUGCUUGUAGGUGAGACCUACAAUAGCAAGGCACCGUUGCCUUGCAUUUGAGUAAACCUGAUGAUUCGAGAAGACAUCAGCCUUGCUUUCUAGCCAAUUUUUUUUUUCAGUAAUAAAGCUGGUUUUUAUGUCUAUUUGA